GUGUUUAUGGUGUUGUUUAUCUGGCGAUCUAUUCGUCCUCGGUUGUCGGUGGUCUUCGGUUGUUCGGUGCGUUCGGUGUGGUGUUUAAAAGGUUUAAACAGCUGUUUUUAGUGCAGCAUUCGAGCUCAUGAUACGAGAAAGAACUGUUUUUCUUGGCUGCCAUAAUCAGGCUUGACUGCACGUGCGCUGAACGUUGGUGCUGGUUUUCAGCUGUGAGCCGAUGGGCUCAGACGCAUCGCCAGGAUGUCAUCGAGUCCGUUGAGCCACAUCGUUUGCGAAGCUGUCGGAGCUGAAGAACAUGCCACUCAGUCCGUGUCCCAGGGUGCCGACUCUACUGGUGACGAAACGGCUGAGGCCUCGCGUUCGGCGGACCAGUCCAAAAUGGCGUCCUGCGUGCCAGGGGAGCAGAUGGAUCUCCCGGAGCGUCCGGAAUUGGAGGAGAGCUCAGACUUGGUCAUCUGUGAGCCCGAAGCCUCGCAGAUUGAGGAGGUGAGCAGGGAGCUGAUGAUACUGAAUGACGAGGGUGCUCGGUGCCUCCGGCUGAGUGCUGAGGCUGGCAACGCUGCUCCGGCGGAGAGCCCCCCGCGUAAGCGACUCCGGGAGGAGCGCCGAAAGAAGGGAAAGAGGCGCAAGCCCCGGAAGCCCCCGCCGCCUGAGACGGACCUGGACCGUUUUCUCGAGGACACGGCUGAGAAGAACAACCUGACCAUCCAGAAUGUCAAGAACAUCAUCAGGAGGGUGGUGACCAAUGAGCGUGUGCUGGCCAUGCUGAGGAAAAGCAUGCUGUGCCACGUGUCUGCUGAGGCAGCCGGCAUCGACCUGGACAGCAUGGAGUACGAGCCCAAGUUCACCCGGGCCAAGGCACGCGAGAUAAUGGAGAAGCAGCCCCACCUCCUGUGGCCGGUGUCUCCCAUGAAGCUGUCGAGCGGCUCCAGCUCCCAGAAGCUGCUGCAGCAGGAAUUCUCUGAGGAGAGCGGCUCCGACGAGGAGUACCAGCCGGCUUCCGAGGAGAGCGAGGAGGACACGGAGGCUCCCUCUUCUGUGGGCACCUGUGAGGUGUUCUCUCCCGUCGCGUCUGAAGCCGCCCUCGAGACCCCUGAGAAGAGGGACGCGUCGGCGGAUGCCACGGCCUCUCAGGAAAGCCCGCUCUAUGACAAGGACGGCGGGGUGGUAGCGGAACGCACGCGGUCUAAGCUACCGCUGGACGACACCCCGCUGGAGUUCCUCGAGGCACAGUUCAUCGCCCCCGACAUCACCCCGGACAUGUACGACACGGACUGCGACGACGAAGAGUGGAAGGAGUUCCUUGUGUCCCUCAUCAAGCCCUUCGAACGCGAGGACGUCCAGGAGGACAAUGACGCUGAGGACCCUGAGUACAACGCCCAGGAAGAAGAGGACGAAACGGACUCGUGGGACCUGCGCAACGACCGGGGCGUCACAAUUCCCCGCAAGGAGCUGAACGAGCUGGUCACAGAGGUGAUGCAGGUGGCCACCAAGGAGCUGCUGGAUGGCGAGGACGAGGACGAAAUCACCCCCAUCAAGGCCAAGGACGGGGCCCCCGGCUGCACGGGGGUCGGCUCGGGCGAGCUUUCGGAGGCGGAGAUCUUCCUGGAGGCGACGGAGAGCGUCCAGCGGGAGUGCGACGCACAGCCGACGCCCCGCCAGAUUCAGCAGCUCGAGGAGCAGAUGCGCAUGCACGUGCAGCUGCUGACUCAGAUGUGCCUGCUGUGCAGCAACAGUGAUGUCCUCGCUCCCUACUUCAACAUGUCCGAGGUGCUGCUGCGGGAGCUGGAGACGUUUGCGCUGCGGCCCCUGCCAGCGACAGUCCGGCCGUCGCUCUUCCUGGCGUCCAACCUGCAGCAGGCGGUGCGUCUGCUUGACUGGGUGCCCCGUGCCCCCGGCGUCGUUGGAGCACCACCCAGGACGGGCGUCCACGUCCUGAGACGCAGCACCCUCAAGAUUCCAAUUCCCUCACACGUCCGGGAGCUGUUUGCGGAGAGCCCCGUGUUCCUGUACCCAGAGCUGCUUCCGACCAACCGCAUGUACAGCCCGCUGAAUGACCCCAACCACAAGGUCAUCUUCCUCUCUCCGGAGGACCACCUGGUUGCCCUGGGACUGGAGCAGUUUGUGCCCCCACGCUGCUCCACGUUCGGGAUGACGUACCUGCGCCUGAUCCGCACCUUCCUGCUGCCAGUCAAGACGGAGGUGCAGAUCAAGGUGCGCGUCAAGAACAUCAUCUACAAGAAAGUCGGCGAGGACAACCCCAUCAAGUACUGGCACGUGCACAAGGUGGCGCCCCCGCUGACCUGGGAGCCGCACCGCAUCGACCCAGCGGAGGCGGUAGCCCCCAGCCAGCGUCCAGUUGAGGAGCUGCCCCUGUGGAUGCGGCUGUACCUGAUGGCACGCCACAAGCGGCGCGCCGCACCCCCCGCCCCGCUGCCGGCCUCCCCGUCCCCGAUCCGUCCCGCGGAGACGGCCCUCCCGGUCGUGGGCGUCUGCUCCCCCGGCGUAAUCUCGGUGGCCACCAUCCCGGUCGUGGUGCACACGCGCUGCGUCCUAACGCCGGUGUCCGUCACCCUGACGCCCGCGGUGUCGCCCCGGCACCAUGUCGGCACCUCGGUGUCGCCCCUCAAGCAAAUCUCGCCGAUCCUCAAGAAGUACAGCCAGUACGGGCGCAAGAUCCUCAAGGCGCCGGCCAAGAAGAGGCUCAUCUACGACCUCUCAGGACCGUCGGCCGCGAGUGCGGCGCCAGGGAGCUCUUCGGCGCCAAGGGUAAGGUGCGAGAAGGCGACCGCGGAGGAAGAGAAGGCGCCGGAGCAGCCAGCGGACGAGCGGCCGCCGGACGAACCGUUGCCGGGGGCGCCCGAGGAGGCGGAGGACGACGAGGGGGACUUGGCGGCGCUGAUGGCGGCCAGCAGCACGAUCCUGCGGCGCAAGCAGGCCCUGAGUCGCAAGCGGACGCGCCAGCAGAGGGACGCCCAGGCCACCCUGCCCCUGCUCGAGCCGGACCUCGUGGAUGCCGACCCCCUGAAGGAGGAGCGGGAGAGCCAGUUCGCUCAGCAGUACUUGCAGAGGGUUCACGAGGCGCUGAAGCACGACCCGCCCCGUCUGCUGCGUGUGCUGAAUCUUCUCAGCAAGGCAGAGACCAGCGGAAUCAGUCCCGCGGAGCUGUACCACGGGAUGGCGGAGCUGCUGCUGCCAGACCACCCGGACGUGGUGGAGGACUUUGUGAGCUUCCUCCUGCCGGAGCAGGCCCUGGAGUGCGGCAAGCUGCCCCAGUACCUGCUCUUCAGCAGGAUACGCCUCUUCCUCAGGAAGCUAGAGGUGCACCUGAGCCAGCAGCCCCAGCAGCUUCAGCGCCUACUGCGCUCCCUGCACCAGCUUCAGCGGCAGCCUGAGCUGAGCUUGGACUCCCUGUGCGGGGUGCUGCAGCCCCUGUUGAGGGGCCAGAGCCACCUGUUGGACGAGCUGCAGCAGCUGCUGCCCAGUCACAGGGUGCCCGACAGCCUGAUGUGGGACUUUGAGGAGGUCCCCCUGCCGGAAGAGGAGGAAGAGGACGCCAGCAGCUGCGAGGAGCUGACCCUGUCCCCUCCCAGGGACGCCCCCGGCACACCCCAGUGUCCCUGCUCCUGCCACCUGCAGGCACAGGACCCCCGCUUCCUCAGCAGAGCGCGGCACUGCACGCGCUGCGGCAUCAAGUUCCUGGACGGCCGCGUCUUCCUGCAGACCGGGAAGGUGUUGCGGCCAGCCAAGGUCACCGUCCGCCAUCUUGGGCCGCCCGAGGUGGAUGCAGCGGGCGUUCUUGACCGUCGGCCUUCGGAGAGGCCAGACGAGGGUUCAAGGACGAGUGGCAGUGCAGAUGGGGGAGAGGCCCGCAAGGGUAGUCCAGGCGCCCCUGUCACUCCCUGGACAAGGGAGGAGGACCGGAUUUUGCUGCAGGCCUGUCAGCGCAUGGGCAGGGAGAAAGGCCUUGCCCACACAGCGCAGGCUUUGGGAAGACCUCAGGAACAGCUGGGCCUGAGGCUGAGGGAACUGGUGCGCCUCUUCGAGGCAAGCAAAAGUGACGACGAAGACACGUGACCCCAGCGUUGCCUGACCGGAGUUCUCCGAAUUGCGUGACUCUUCGCCUUCGCCAUUGUAAUUUUCCCCAUCGCUCAUUUCUCAUCCCUGUAAAGAAUGUUAAUUUAAAGGAGAAUUACGUUUCACUAUGGAUAAACCGGGCGUGUUGUGUUACGAGUUAGUACACUUGGAGGCUGCGUCUGUUUCUUGGGUGCAGAUUGGGCCGACUUGGGAGUCUGAAGCCGGUGGCAGCUGCAGAAUUGGGCCUUGCCUUGUGCAGAAUUGGGCCUGGCCUUGUGCGCAAACUUUCUACCUUUGACGACACUUGGGCGCCCGCUCGGCGGGAGCUCGACUGAGGGCAGCGGGCACAUGUGGGAAGAGGAGCUUCUGUUGAUUUCUUACCAUGUCACCGGAUAUAGUUAUUUGUGUUUCUCCCAUUAUUUAUAUUAUGGACACAGUUGCAGGCUGUUCCCAAUGCAGCUCCAGCAUUCUUGGAGAUGAAAUAGUCUUCGGUGGGGGUAUUACAUGGGUACCUGGUUGUGACAGUGGUGCCCUUGAAAGGUUUGUCAUGGAAUGAGAAAAUUGGAAAAAAAACAUGGGCUGCACAGACAUUUACAACCGUGGAAAACAAGUGCAGCGUCUAAAAGUUCACAGAUUCGCGAGCAUAUGUUUGCAGGUAGUUUCCUUUGCAAGAUUCGCUGGUCACAAGCUUGGCAAAGUGGAAGUGUGACCCUGCUCUGUGCCCUUUUUAAGGCAAUUAUUAUAAACAAGAAAUCAAUGUUUUUUUCUUGAAAUUUUAUUUUAUUUGUUAUGCAAACUUGUAAAGUGCAGAAUCAAGUGAUUCAUACUUUUCACCCUCGCCAGAAUAAACAGCUUCACUUGA